AUGCGCCGUCCCCACGUCUACCUCCCCCUCACCUCCGCCUGCGGCUCCCAGCAAUCCGUCUACCACGCGGUUCUGACCCAGCUGGCCCAGCAGCAGCAGCAGCAGCAGCAGCAGCAAGGGGAGCAGCAAGGGGAGCAACAAGGAGAGCAGGCACGAGAACGGACAUGCGUGUUGCCUGCAAUCCCCGCUUCCUUCCACUCCACCAUUCCCAACCUGGCUGCCACGGCUGGUGCAACGCACCAAGAAACAGACAGUGACGAGGGUCGGCGCAGCAAAGAGCAGAGCUAUGGAGGGCGCGAGGAGGCAGCAGGAGAGUGUGCGUUGCAGCAUGAGGAGGCAGCGCUGCGAAACAAGAGGGCAGCGCAGCAGCCGCCAGCGUCGCCCCGCCAUGCGAAACGGCCCACGGUGCACACGCAGGCAGAGGCGGAUGAUGCGAGCGGAGAGCGGGAGAGGGCGGGAGCGAGCGGGCUGUGGUUCGUGAUGAACGGCGGUGGGCAGGCUGGGGGUGUGGGACCCGCGGAUGAGAUGGAGGAGGGGGAAGUGAGGAGUGAGGACGGUGAGGAGGAAGAAGGACAGGAGGCGGGAUUCGAGGUGGAGGGGGAGGAGAGAGGAGAAGAGAUAGAGGGGCAGAAGGAGGGGGAUGAGGAGGGGGGCGAGGGGUACGAAGAGGAUGACGAUGUGAUUGAGGUGGGUCCUGUUGCGGUAAGGAUUCAGCUGGUAAAGCAGCAGGAGGAGGAGGAGCAGAUGGAGCAGCAGAUGGUGCAGGACGUACUGGUGCAGGAGCAAAGGCCCGGCAGCAGAGAGAAGCACAAGGGUCUAGGAGGACCAGGAGAAGGAGGAGGAGGCCCCACCCACCCAAGUGCGAGGCGCUCCUUGGCUGCCGCAUUCGCAGGUGCAGAGGGCACCAAAGUGGCGGAUGACGGAAGGAGGCAGGCUGCCUGUGAGAAUGGGGCCGCUUCUACGGGCCCGCAGUGCAGCCCUCGUGCAGCAGCCGAUAAGGAACCGCAAGCCUGCCUGGUGAAGCCCUGUAUUGAUGCUACAGUGUACCUCGUUAUAGACAACCUGGAGCAGCUCAAAGCCUUCCCUGCAGGGGAAGGCCCGCAGCUGCUGGAAACGUUCCUCCGCCUGCCCGAACUGUUGGGGCAGUCCAACUUAGGGCUAAUCCUAGUGAGCAAGCUGGACUGGGCGUCAACUUGUGGGCUUGGCGCUGCAGGGAUGGGGGGUGGGGGCAGCUGGGGCGGAGGCUGGGGAGGCGGAUGGGGAGGAGGAGGAGGGGCAGCAACAGCAGCGGCUAUGGCAGUGGCAGCAUGUGAGCCGGUGACGGUGUUCUUCCCACCGUACAGCGACAAGGAACUGGAAACGGUUCUCGUGGGCAUGAGGCCGAAUCAGCCGCUCUUCCUCUCCUUCCUCAGGCAGGUGGUUCCAGUGUAUACCCGUGCCUGCCGCUCCCUGCCGCACCUCGCCUCGCUCGUGGACCACUCCUGGCCGCUCUACACCGCUCCCAUUGCCACAGGCUCUGUGUCCCCCGACCACCCCAGCUGUGCUCGCCUGCUGUAUAUGAGAGCACAGGAGCACAUAGGAACCACACUCAAGCAGCCCGUCUCAACCCUCGUACGCUCGUCAGUCGUGGAUACUCCUGCUGUUGCUGCUACUGCUGGAGCUCCAAUGGACGUUCCAGAUCUUCCCAUCAUGACAAGAUUCGCCCUUGUCGCAGCAUUUACCUGCUCCCGCAACCCAGCACCGUCAGAUGUAACCCUUUUUAACUUCUCGGACUCCGCACAGCCCGGUGGAAGCGGGUUUCGGUCCAGGAGGAAGAGGAAGGCAAGUGCAGGGGACCUGGACAAGCAGGCUAGAGAGGCCAGGGAGGCUCAGCAGCACGGCCCCAUUCCCUUCCCUCUUUCGCGCUGGCUGCUCAUGGCUCACCACUUGGUGAAAGCUCACUGGUCCUCUCCUCUCGCCUCGGUUUCUAGUGGUGGUGCUGCUGAGUCAGCUCCUGCUGUGGAUGACAGCUUGCUGACUCAGCUUGCGACUCUUGUUCGCGGUGGGCUGGUGAGCCAGUCAGGGGAAGACAGGCUGGCUAGCACAACACGCUUCAAGUGCAGUGCGAGAAAGGAACUGGUGAAGCAGGUAUGA